AUGGACACGAAUGGAUAUGAUACAACUGGGCUUUCCUCUUCUUUGCUAGCUGUUGGCUUACUUAUUCCAAGUAUUACAGUUGUCUACUUUGCAUCUGGAACACAAAAAACAAAGACCAGCUGUAAAUGCAAUCAAUGCCUUGGUAUGAAGAAGAAAUACCGAUUCAACAAGUACAGGUGGCUUUUGUAUGGUUUGGUGCUUCUGCUUGCGGUGCCUGUAUAUAAUAUACUAUGCAACCAGUAUGGGAAAAACACAGACAACAACCCGUAUACUCUUCUGAAUGUUUCUCAAAAUGCAACACAUAAAGAGAUAGAGGCAGCAUACCGCAAGACUGUGAGAAAGGCCAAGUUUACAAAGAUGGACAGAACUGCACAAAAGAAGCUUGUGCAGCGGAUACUUAAGGCAAAGGAUCUUCUUUUGGAUGAAAAGGCAAGAGAGCGUUGGGAUGCCUUUGGAGAUGCGCCUGUGGUAAACAACCACACAAUAGCCAUACCUUCCUGGGUCAUGAGCAAGUACAAUCCGAUUAUUCUUAUCUUUUUGUAUGUGCUUGUGCUUGGUGUUCUGCUUCCCAAGUGUGUCUCAUACAUGUGGAUGUAUUCUUUUGAAUACUCCUCAAGCGGGAUUCUAUACAGAAGUACUGAGUCGCUGUACAGCGCUCUAAAACACAUUUCAGUUGAGGAUGUCAUUGGCCUUCUCGCCCUACUGAGCAAGUACACAGUAGAGAUAUCGCAGUACAGCGAGAAAACGCCCAAAAAGAACAUAGAUAAACUAAGAGAAACCAUCAAGGACAAGUGUGGAUUCACUCUUCCUCUGGACACAAAUGUAUUUAUUCUAUGCGUGUCCAUGCUUCUUUUAAGAGAUCCAGAAGUUCUUUCCUUAAUUGAUGCGCAGGAUAUAGAGUGCCUGCAGAACUCGCUGGUUCUAUCCUCGAAUGCAAUAAGAAAACUUGCGUCGGCUUUCAAAAGCAGCUCUCUCUAUGGCAUUGCAAUGGACUUGGAAAGAAGUGUUGUGCAAAGUGUUCCGGACCCCAUAUACUACCAAAUGCAGGCAGGGCUUCCUUUCAGCGAUGUGUUUAUUGCACAGUACCAGAACAAAAAAAUCGAUGAAAACACUGCAGUUGACCGCAAGAUGUUUAAGAUAAAUAUUACUGGAAUUGAUGUAUAUAAUAUGUUUGAUGGCCUAGUCAAGGAUGGAAUGUAUGUGACCGGCUCCGUUGAUACAAUAGUGAAAAUACACAUAGACAGAGAUGGGUUGAAUUCGUAUACGCGUCCUACUAUUGUAAAAAAUGAAAGCAAGGCCAGUGACUCUGGAGACCUGGAUGAUUUAGAGCAGAACUAUGAGGACCAGUACCCGUCUUCAUUAGAAAAGCACCCCAUAAAGGUGCAAGGAACCAGCUCUGAGGCAGUGCAUGCACCAAUGUAUUUUGAUGACCUUCCAUAUACGUGGGAAUGCAUCUUAGAAGUAAACAAUGAGGUGGUCCUGGCGUCCUAUUCAUUUACACCAUGCCAGAAAGGAACGGAUGUAUUCUUCAAAGUCCCUGCACUGGCUAGCUUUAUUUCCACAAGAAAGGCAGAGAUUGAGGUAAAGCUUAUUUGCGGGAAAUACUUCAAUAGAGACACCGCGAAAAAGAUAUCAGUUCUAAUUAAAUAA